AUUGUACUUGUUGAGGAGAAAAAAGGGAGAAAUUAUGACAUUGUUUGCAUACCUGUUGAAGAACAAUGAAAGAAAAGUGUAGUAGCCUAUAUUAUUUUAAUGUCAAAACGGUAAAUUGUUACAUUAUUUAGACCACCAGAGAAAAAGCUUUUCAGGGCACAAGUAUUGCAAGCAAAAUUUAGCAGUCACAGUCCUGUCAGACCCAUGUCACUAUCAAGUUUACCACUAUCUUUUUGUCACGCAGUAUCAGUAAGAUACAAAAAAGAAAGAGGCAGGAGAAGAUUGACACCUUUUUCGAGAUAAAUCUUGUAAGUGAAGUUGAAAAAUGUUGACAUUAAACAACCUUAGCCUAUUACAUAUAUGUUGUUGCAUUAAUUUCAUGAUAUUUCUUUUCAAUAUUCACUAAGGUUUGCUAGUACCACAGCCUUAUUCCUUUAUCACUGCACCCUUGUUUAGGAGAGGAGGUUGCUGGAGGCAUCAGUUUCAGAUAGAGCACAGGAAGGUUCACAGGUGCUUUUUUUAUCACGCUGUUUCUCUGCGGCAUUGCAAUGUUUCUUACUGUUGGACAGUACACACCUCUGGAGCCUGUUCAUGCUCUGGCAAAUAAAGAUUUCCUUUUCAAAGAGGGGAGGGCCACCUUCAAAGGAUGCUUCAAGAGGCCAGACAAUGUCACCCUGGCACUUCCUGCUGAUGCCAUCAUUAAAAACAUGUCCGUGGAUAAGUGUGUAGACAUGUGCACAGAGAAAGAAUUCACUCUGGCUGCUUUGACUUGGGAAAAAUGUCACUGUGGGUUUCCCACUUCUCUCUUCACACUACAUGAGCGUGAGGAUGAGGAACGCUGUUGGCUGCGCUGUGCAGGAGAAGAUUUUGAGAGCUGUGGGGACAAUGACUACUUUAUAGUGUACCAGACACAAGUUCGGGAUAAUCGAUGCAUGGACCGACGCUUUCUACCCACUCAUUCCAAGCACCAGAUUGCACUAGCGAGUUUCCCAGGAUCAGGGAACACCUGGACCCGUCACCUUAUUGAACUGGGCACAGGCUUUUACACUGGGAGCUACUACUUUGAUAAAUCACUGUACAUCAAAGGUUUUAUUGGAGAAAAAGAUCACUGGCGCAGCGGUAGAACCAUUUGCAUCAAAACUCACCAGAACAGCAAGAAGAUAAUCAAGGCCUUUGAUUCCAGCAUCCUCCUAAUCCGGAAUCCUUACAAAGCCCUCAUGGCCGAAUUUAACCGAAAGUAUGGUGGUGGCCACAUUGGAUUUGCCGCUCAAGCUCGCUGGAGAGGUAAAGAGUGGCCAAAGUUUGUGAAUAAGAAUGCUAAAUGGUGGGUGUCCCACACACAAAACUGGCUGAAAUAUGGGAAGAACGUGCAUGUGGUGCACUUUGAGGAUUUAAAGCGUGACGUUUUCUCUCAUUUAAAGAAGAUGGUCGUCUUUUUGGGUCUGGAGGUUUCUGAGGACCGUCUGUUGUGUGUGGAAGGACAAAAAGACGGAAACUUCAAACGCUCUGGCCUGAGAAAGCUAUACGACCCUUACACGGCAGAAAUGCGUGCCAACAUUGAUGAGCUCAUUAAAACUGUGGACAUAGAGCUGAAGAAUAGGAACCUGCCUGGUGUACCUGAGGAGUACAGACCGAGAUGAUACUAUAAAUUUUCUUUUUUAGCUUUAAUUUUUCAGUACCCUUCUUUUAAUAUUUUUAAGUUCAUUGUGAUUCCCAUUGUUUGCUUUCUGUUUUAGGAAUAUUAUGCAUUGCACAGAAGAACACAAGAAUUAGAGCUCCUAAUCUUCUAAUUAACAGUCAUGGAUGGUCUGACAAAAUACACUACAUAUUUUAUACUGGCUUAUUUAAAUAUUAAAUUUAAAUCAUUUUAAGGCCAUGUUCUUUAAGUCACUAUGAAAGUAUGUGGAAUCCACAAUGACUCUCAUGAAUGCGCCUCUCAGUAAGACAUCCAGUAUCGUAUUGCCUUUACCUGCAACCUUUGAACUACAUGCAUGACAUCAUGACCCACUAUGCACUUUUCAAAUAGCAAUUUAUGGACAAUUUAACAUCUUAGCCCCAGUUUGCUAUGCUCACACAAUCUAGAUAUUGAUUUCAGUGCUGCUUAGAACAAAUUCAUAAUAAAGCUUAUGUACUGUACACCAAAAAAUCCUCAAACUAUGCCUCAAGUACAAGAUAACUGCAUGUACAACUCAAAACUUUUUGUCAGAGUUGCAGAAACACGGUAUUUAUUUAUUUUUAUUUUACAUUUUUAUUGAUUAUUUGUUUUCACCAAAGUCAUUUUUCAUAAACGUACACUCUUAGAACGUAUGUGUUAAAAACGACACAUCAGUGUAAGUUAAGAAUCCACACAUCUCUGUGUUAUUAUUUAAACCAAACAUUUUGUGUUAAUUUUAACACAGCUUGUGUUUUAUUUGAACACAAAAUCAACACAAAAUGACACAUAAUGUGUUAAUAGCAUAACACAAAAGAAAUCAUAUUAACACAUCCUUUCUUAGAGUGUAGAUGAGUUAUCUUUUGGAUUUUUUAGUGUUUUUUUCAGACAUGAUUGCAGUGGGCAAUCAAAAAUAAAAACUGUUGAUCCUUUGUUCACAAACUUGGAUGUGAAAAAUGUUGGCUUCUUGUAAAUACUUACUGUGAAAUGACAACGACAGACCCUUUAAUAGUUGUGUGGUCCACAACUAUUUUGUCAAGAUGAGCUGUGUAAUUCUAUAAAAAUGUCUGCUUUUGUGUACCAAGGAAAAACAUGAUAUAUGUUUGGAAGAACAUGUGAAUGAGUAAAGUUAGAUUAAUUAUUUUGUAAGUGAACACCCUUCUAUCCUUUUUUUUUUGGGAGACAAAAAGCUUCACAUACUUUCUUUACUUAUUUUAUUUGCUACACCAAAUAAUUCUUUCAGCAUUAUUUAUAUACAGUACAACACAUUUUGAAUGCAAUUGUUUUCUUGUUUUCUGGAAAUGUUCAAAAUUGUUCUCACUUGUUCUCAGUGUUUUAAUUGCAAAGUUUAUUUAAAAACAGCAAAUCAAUACAAAAACAUUUAAUUAAAAUAUAAAAUGUCACUAUAAAUGAAAGAAUUAAGGGAUAAAACAAGUAUGAAGCAACAUGUUAAAGAGAUUCUCAAAAAUCAUUUUAGUGUCAUAUAUAAAAAUGACAUUGAUAAUAUAUACAUACAGUAUAUGUAUAUACAAAUAUUUUUGUAAUGCUCACCACAGAAAUUACAUGAAUUUGAAUGAUAAGAUAAAAAGUCUCACCUCUAUUUUUAACAGAAUCAUAUUUCAAUCAAAUGCUUUUCAUGAAAAAAUAAACAAAACGGAAGUGUUACUCAGAAUGUAUUUUGUAUGGGAUAAUUGUAU